AUGGCAGCAGGAGACAACAGUGGCACAGUCCCAUGUUUAAACUUCUCAAACCCAGGACCUUUAGGCAAUGGCCAACCUAGCAACAGUCCGUAUGCCUUGGCUGCUAGCAACGGAGCACCCACAGGACCCUCUGGAGGGGUUCAGGGUGGAACAAGACGGUCAAACCCACAACCGGGGCCCGGUGGCCCUGAAAGCACCGGUGUAGCAGCGGGGCCGCAGCCGAAUGUGCAAAACUCAGUUCCCCAGGCGGCGGCGCAGGGAGUUGCGGUAACAGGGGCAGUCGGCGGUGCUAUCACUGCUGCUGCUUCAAAUAUGACAGGGUCGACAACAUCGGUUUCAUCGGCAACACCAGCUCCACCGACUCAUUCCACCAUUUCUACACCCCCUGCUGCAGCCGCGGUUUUGGUUUACCGGGAGCCAAUGUACAACUGGCAGGCUACAAAAAGUACUGUGAAGGAGAGAUUUGCGUUUUUGUUUAACAACGAAGUACUGAGCGACGUUCAUUUCUUAGUAGGCAAAGGAAUGGGAGUUCAGCGUAUACCUGCACAUAGAUUUGUACUGGCAGUUGGGAGUGCUGUGUUUGAUGCCAUGUUUAAUGGAGGUAUGGCAACAACGUCUACAGAAAUUGAGCUUCCAGAUGUAGAACCCGCAGCUUUUCUGGCCUUGCUCAAGUUUUUGUACUCAGAUGAGGUUCAAAUAGGGCCUGAAACUGUCAUGACCACACUCUACACGGCGAAAAAAUACGCUGUUCCCGCAUUGGAGGCUCACUGCGUGGAAUUCCUCAAAAAGAACCUGCGAGCAGACAAUGCUUUUAUGUUGCUCACACAGGCGCGACUCUUUGAUGAGCCCCAGCUGGCCAGUCUGUGUCUGGAGAACAUUGAUAAGAACACAGGGGAUGCACUUGCCGCAGAGGGCUUCACAGACAUUGAUCUAGACACGUUGGUGGCAGUGUUGGAGAGGGACACUCUGGGGGUGCGAGAGAUCCGUCUGUUUGGGGCUGCAGUGCGUUGGGCUGAAGCUGAGGCGCACAGACAGCAGCUGCAGCCCACUCCUGAGAACAAACGCCGUGUCCUGGGCAAAGCCCUCUCCCUCAUCCGCUUUCCUCUCAUGACUAUAGAGGAGUUCGCUGCAGGGCCGGCGCAGUCAGGUAUCCUGACAGACAGAGAGGUGGUCAGUUUGUUUCUGCACUUCACUGUGAACCCUAAGCCACGCGUGGAGUUCAUAGACCGGCCACGCUGCUGCCUGAGGGGGAAAGAGUGCAGUAUCACACGAUUUGGACAGGUGGCCAGUCGCUGGGGCUACAGCGGAACUAGUGACCGUAUCCGUUUUUCUGUGAAUCGACGUAUAUUUGUGGUGGGUUUCGGACUCUAUGGAUCCAUUUAUGGACCCACAGACUAUCAAGUCAACAUACAGAUCAUCCACACAGACAGUAACACAGUUCUGGGUCAGAAUGACACGGGUUUCAGCUGUGACGGGUCUUCCUGCACUUUUAGAGUCAUGUUCAAAGAGCCUGUAGAGAUUCUACCCAAUGUGAACUACACAGCAUGCGCAACUUUAAAGGGUCCCGACUCACAUUACGGCACUAAAGGAAUGAGAAAGGUCACCCACGAGUCAUGUGGCACUGGAACCAAAACCUGCUUCACGUUCUGCUACGCAGCAGGCAACAACAACGGCACAUCUGUUGAGGACGGGCAGAUCCCCGAGAUCAUCUUUUACACAUAGUGACUCUUGACCUCUCUGCUCUGAGGUCAGCCCCCUGACCAGUGACUCAAGUUUCCUCUCCAUUCACAAUGAAGUGCAUGACUGUUCAUGUCACUGAAUGGAAAAAGAUACUCUUAUCUAAAGGAUGCUACAUAGUGAAAGACAUUUUCAGACUUUGCUUUAAUCACACUCUAAAAGCUCAGCAGAUGAUGGUUUUCUGUGUAUCUGAUAACUGCUAACUGACUGUCUAUGGACAGUGAGUAGGCGGUUGUAAAGAAUUGACCUCCAUACAGAUCGCCUGUAUUGAGCUAAUGCAGUACAGCGUGUUGACUGUUAAUAGAGAAUUUACUAAAUGAAUACAGAAAUACUUAUGGGUUUUUUUUAUGCAGCUCUGAUGCACAGUGGUUACUUAAUGGAGAGAGGAAACAGUAAGUCUUUGGGCUGAUGCCGUCAUUAGCAGCUAUAGCAGAGCCUGAUGUGUUGGUCUGGUCAUUUUGACUCUGGGUAAGGGUAAAGUUAUGUCAAGCUGAUUCUGAGCCAUUGAGUUUUGGCUGAAAGGUAAAUAGCACCUGCUGUGUUUCUCGAGAAAUAGGGCAAUGACUGUUCUGCAAGUUAGGGUCUGGAUCCUGUCUGCUACCAACAUGUUUAUGUUUGUGGUGGUCAAAGCUGAUCAAAGGAUUGAGAUAAACAAACUCAGUUUUGAAUGCAGGAUUUGUAGGUGACCAGGGAGAGGGUUGAAAAACACGUAUGAUUUUUUUUUUUUUAAUCUGCAUCUCUACGAAGUAUCUAAAUUCAGGGAGAAGUGCUCCUCAUUGUGUCAAAACUAAGCUGCUGGCAGUUCAGGAAUAACUCAGCAUUGAAGGAUUGUAGAAGGUCAUGUUCAGUUUGACAUGCACACAAAACAGAUUUUCUAAACUUCCUCAGUGACCUUAAUGUGGAGCACUUGUUACGACUUAAGCACAGCACAAUAAGAGAAAUCACCCCUGGCCAUGAGAGAUUACAGUGCUCCCAUGCCUCAGGACCACACAACACCUUCAUAGAUAUCUCAGUUCCACACGGAAUGUAAGCAGCUCUUAUGAAGGUGUUAUGUGGCAGUUAUGUAGGGAGUAUUUGGGAAGUAAAACAAAUUGGCUAACUGCAAUGCAGUUGAGGUAAAGCGAUGUUUAAUUUCAUCUAAAAUAACUACACGCCAGUAUACUCAUCUCAUGGAACAUGUUGUUAUUACAAUAGUUAUUAAGUUUCAUCAAGAUUGUUAUCAUUUUUUCUACUAAUAAAGGUUUGCAGGGGUCUCUGACAUGUUGUCUCUUACCUGGUAAAGAUGGGUUUACAUCUUUCUUGGGAUAAUUAAGUAUUUGUCUUACUGCAAAGAUGUUCACUUUUCUCAUGGACAUUAACCCCUUUUAAUCUCUAAAAGCUCAAAAACUAUGCUGACAUGUGCUACUAAUAUGUAUCUCAAUUGCCUCCUGUAAUUUGCUUGUAAUUUUGACAUUGCCAUGUUACUAGAUUUAAACUGAAAUCUCAGCACUACAGCAAAAUAUCUUUUUCUUCUCUAUUUUUGUGUAGUUCUGAAGAGAAAGCAAAGAUUGCAUUUCUAAGACUGGAUGACUAGUACAGUCA